GAGAGGAAUUCUUCUUUUAUGUUCUGAGAAAAUAAACAAGGAUUUUUCAUUCCCAAUUCCAACAACUUUCCCAGCAAGUGUUAUUCCCUCUACUCUCCUCUCAUCAAGAAACACAAAAACAGGUGGGCUUAGAUCAGAUCAUUCUUGACAAAAAAGGGCUCAAACCCUCUGCUCAUCACUGAUCAUACCUCAAUUACAUGCAAAAAUCCAGUACAAACUCAGAAGGUGAUGAUAUGGAGAAUUCCAGAACUAGGCCUCCACCCCAGAUGAUAGAACAAGAAGAGAAGACAGACCAAGACAGCAGCAGACCGAUGAACGGGAACAGCUCCAGCAACAGCACAGUUGAAGAGAACAAUGGCAGAAAGGUCAAUUCUGGAUCUGUGAGGCAAUACACCCGGUCCAAGACUCCUCGACUGCGGUGGACGCCGGAGCUCCACCUCUGCUUUGUUCAUGCUGUUGAAAGACUAGGAGGAGAAGAAAGGGCAACACCUAAGUUGGUUCUUCAAUUGAUGAAUGUUAAAGGCCUAAGUAUUGCUCAUGUCAAGAGCCAUCUUCAGAUGUACAGAAGCAAGAAGAUAGAUGAUCCCAAUCAAGUCCUCUCGGAGCAUAGACUUCUGCUUGAUGCCGGCGAUCGCCACAUUUAUAACCUCAGCCAACUCCCAGUGCUGCAAACUCCCAACCAAACACCAAUUUCCAGCUUACGCUAUAGAGAUGCCAUUUGGGGCAGCAGCCAAUCUAACUCAAUGUACAGGACAGGAGGACUGGCCAGAAAUGCGCUAUAUCAUGAUCACUCAUCUUUCAAUUUUCAUACAAACGCGCAAUCGUCUUGGAAACUUCAUCAAACUGAUCAGAGACAGAAUGUUGUGAACCAAAGAUACUGGCAGCCGCAAAUUGCAACGACGAAAUUAGUUCAAGAUAGAGGGCGAGAGGAUGCGAUUCGUUCGCAUAGCCCUUUUCGUCCACACGAAAAAACACCGAUGAUCAUGGGCCGAUCAGAAAGUUUGAAAAGACAGCUUAAUUCUUAUAACGAUCAACUGAAUCUUGAUCUCAAUCUAUCCUUAGAAACGACACGGGGAAAAGAGAAAAAAUUGAAAAUGUGCUUCAAGAAUAUUGACGAUGAUCAUGACGAUGAUGUUGAUAGUAGCUUAUCUCUGUCCUUGUUCUCACCCUCAAAGAAAGAAAUUAGACAGAAGAGUACUACGUUAGAUCUGAGAUUGUGAAUGAGACAACCCUGAGUGAGAUUUUCAAGUACUAGUAGUACUUGUCAGUGCCAAUGCACAGAUCAUUA